AAAUCCCGGCCUCUCGAGUCCCGACCCUGCGCUCCGCAAUACACCCUCUUCUCUCCGUCUCUCUUUGCCCCCCAUCCCACCGCCGGCGGCCGUCGGCCGCCCCCUCACGAUCACGCCGAACUCCGACUCUGCCGGCGACGGUCGCCGACCGCCGAUUUCACGAAUCGCGCGCUCUACCCAAAACCCUCUCGCGGUUGCCUCGGCCGCGCUUCUGUCUUCGCGGCGGAGGAGAAGAUCCCGUAAGCCCAACCUCAGAUCCCUACUCAUGUUAGAUAACACAACCUAAGCCAGCCGCCCUUAGCACUAUAUAAAUCUCAUAGCCCAAGGCUCUAUCCCUAAUUCCUUAAUUUAUAUCUGCUCCAAACUUUUAUAGUUGCUAAGGUCUCUGUUUUUAAGUCCUAAUCCCUUUUUCAGCUGGCUAAAUUCCCAAUUUGAGUUAAUAAGAAGAGAGAACACUCUUUUAUUACUAAUCGCUGUUCUUUGCAGGAAAAGUGCAUUUGAUAUAGCUAUGGAUAAAUUGUUGGAGUUUGGGAGGAAAGCGUGGUUUAUGGUCAGGGUGCUCUCGGGAUAUGAAGAAAGAAGAAUUAGAGCAUACAGAUUACAACUCCAAAGGCGUAUCGAAAAGGCACAAGCUAGGAAGGAAGAAUUGAGAAGGAUUCCAGAACAGGCUAUUUUGGCAGAGGUUCGUCGCAUGGUUGAGCAGAUGCAAGCACUCAACCAUCAGCUGGAAGAAACAGAAGCUGCAAUCGAAGAGUACUUCAAACCAAUUGAUAAGAAUGCAGAGAUCAUAAUGAAUAUGCAACUUGAGAAAGAAGAAAAACAAAUGAAGGAGAUGGUGAAGGCAAUGCAUGAGCAGGCUAUGCUACAAAGAGAGAUGGCAGCAAAGAAAGUUGUUGACAGUGAUGUAAUCCAUCCCCCUCAACAAACGACAUCCACCCCAUCAAACCAAGAACAGGCCAAAUAAUCAUAAACUAACAUUUGGCACAGAGUUGAGUGUAUUAAUUAUGUUUAUCUUUAAUUUUUGGUUAAUGCACAUCUGGCUGCAUAAUAAAAUUUUACUACUGUAUCAGUAAUUUUGUUCACUCAUUAAAAAGUUUUAAGAUGCUUCAGUUUUGGCAGUUUCUGAGU